AUGGUCAACAGCACAUCGAGCAGCUCACACCGGAUCCAAAGAGUCGAGAUCAACGUGGAUUGUGGGGAGGCUUUUGGGUAUUGGCAAUGCGGUCCAGAUGAAGAUCUCAUGCCUCUCAUUGAUGCCGCGAAUAUCGCCUGUGGCGGACAUGCGGGAGAUCCAGUAACUAUAAGGCGGACAGUAGCUUUGGCCAAGAAGCAUGGCAUCAAAGUGGGAGCUCAUCCUGGCUUCCCCGACAAAGUUGGCUUCGGUAGAAGGGUUUUAGCAAUGACUUCGGAGCAAGCGUACUCUGAGAUGCUAUACCAAGUGGGUGCGCUAAAGGUGUUCUUGGAUGAAGCUGGAGUACCUUUGAACCAUAUCAAGCCGCACGGCAUGUGGUACAUCAUGAUGCAGAAUAAUGAAGAGCUCAACGAUGCGGCUAUGCGAGCCAUAAGUCAUUUCAAGGUUCCUGUCUACGGAAUGCCGAACACUCUGCACGAAUCAGGCGCCAAGAAGUACGGAAUCCCAUUCAUCCCAGAAGCUUUUGUAGACGUGAACUACAACUCAGAAGGUGUAUUAUUGGGAGUACCCGGAAGUCGAAAGAUGACCACCGAGGAUAUAUAUCAGGCAGCCUUGUCUUUGGGGAAGAAGGGCUUGGUAGCAGCGGUAGAUCACAGCUUGGUAGAUGUUGGCGUCAAGGGCAACCCAUUCACCAUCUGUCUGCAUUCAGACCUUGGAACAUGUAGAGAGAACGUCGCAGCGGCCAGGAAAGCCGUUGACGAGAUCAACAAGGAGUUGUACAGUAAUUCAUAG